UCUUAACACAUUACUUCCCGGACCACAAAUCAAAAUGUCUUUAUGGCUCUAUGAUUUCCUUCGUUUGCACUUUCAUCUCACGACACAAUGGCCUCUACUAAUAUAUGCUGUCACUUGGGUUACAGCACUGACAAUGACAGUGACAGUGGCCUCAUUUUCCUCCGAGGUUGCUUUUGUCUUUGCCAUUUCACCCUCUAACAAGUGCAAUGGUAAUGAAAUUAGAGUUCCAUUGGAUGUUCCAGGAGACACAUUCUGUAUCCCUGCUCAGCUAUUUGUCAAGUCCAAAAUUGAUCUCAUUGUUCCACCCGUCUUUGCAGCACUUAUUGUGGUUUCAUCAGCUUGCGUUGUUCGAGCAGUGGGCUUGUGGGAGGAUGGAUGAUUAAGACUUUUGUUUCAUUUUAUUAGUUAUAUUUAAAUACUUUUAUGAAUUGAAUUAUUUUUAUUGACAAACUCAUAAGUGAUGUCAAGUUGCUGAGACGUAUAAACUAUGUUAUCUUUGAGAACGAAUUAUAUAUAAAUCAAGUUUUUUAUUUUUUUGGAUUCUGAAAGAUUUAUUUUAAAAAAGAUAUUUUUUUUGUUUUGUUUUAGAA